AUGAAACCCAUUGAGGAGCAUACACCGAAGAAAAGUUCAUCUGGUUCGGUCGAUAGAGAUGUGAUACUUGCGGACUUGGAAAAGGAGAAGAAAACAUCAUUCAUCAAAGCAUGGGAAGAGAGUGAGAAGUCAAAGGCUGAGAACAAGGCGCAAAAGAAGAUCUCAGAUGUGCUUGCAUGGGAGAACAGCAAGAAAGCAGCCACUGAAGCACAACUGAGGAAGAUUGAAGAAAAAUUAGAGAGGAAAAAGGCAAUGUAUGGUGAGAGAAUGAAGAACAAAGUAGCUGCUAUUCACAAGCAAGCAGAGGAGAAGAGAGCAAUGGUUGAAGCUAAAAAAGGAGAAGAGCUUCUUAAAUCUGAAGAAUUGGCUGCCAAGUACAGAGCCACUGGUAUCGUACCAAAGGCAACCUGUGGAUGUUUCUAA